AUGACGUCUAACGAAACAUCAACAAAAGAGCAACGUUUAAUGGAUGAAAAUUUUCUACGUUUAGAAUCUAUUGAUGAGCAUGGAAAUACAAAUGAACAAUUACUACGAAAACAAUCUCAAGAUCGAUCUUCAUCUCUUUUUCCACCAAUAACACGUAAUGUUGUAUCAGGAUUAGCAAUAGCAAAUAAUAGCAUAGAAUCACCAAGAUUAUCACCUCUAUAUAAUCCAUUGGUUCGUGAAGCAGCUAGACGUUUUGCUUUAAGACAAAAUUUAUCAAUUUCAACAGAUUCAUCAGCAGCAAAUAUGCCAGGUUAUGCUCGUCCUAAACGAAUGUCACUUUAUAAGUAUAUUCAACCAAGAAUUGAUACUGGUUUACCACGUCGAGAAAGUUUAACUCGAAGAAAUAUAGAUACGUAUCAAUUAGGACCAACUCGUUCAAUAAAUUGGCGUUUAUUAAAACAACAACUUGAACAAAAUACAGAUAUAAGUAACCUAGCAAAACGCAUACAAUUUUAUUCUGGUAUAACAUAUACAAAACAAUUAAAAACAUUAGCAACUCAAGUUCAAUUAAAAGUUAGACAAUAUCUAGCAUCAAUAAUGGCUCUAGGUGAAGAACGUUUUAAAAUUGUUGCUAAUGUUACUGUUAUUCCAAAAACAGUUUCGGGAUUAUUUAUUGCAUCAAGAUGUUUAUGGAAUCAAGCUACAGAUAAUUCUAUUACAAUUGAAAUGCAAGGUGUUGAUUGUAGAAUUCUUAUUGUUGUUUUUCUGUGCUAUACAGAUUUAGGACCUAUGCCCUAUUAA